AGUAACAUAACCUACAAAACAAACGGCUUCAAAAUGACAACAAGCAUAGUCAAGGCGUACAAGAUUUUGGUAAAUAAACAUAUGACAGUCUACAAUGCAUUUCAAACGGGGUUUCUCAUGGCAGGCGGCGAUUUUAUAGCACAAACAGUGGUGGAGAAAAAAUCACUAGAAAGUUACGACACGGUUAGGACAGCGAAAUUUUUCGGCAUCGGUUUGCUCUUCGUGGGCCCGACAAUUUCCGCGUGGUACAAAUUUUUGGACAAGAAGUUCACCGCGCAGGUGCGCCAACUCGCGAACAAAAAAACAGCGGUUUUCAAAAAAGUCGCGUUGGAUCAACUUAUUUUUGCGCCCGUGUUUAUCGCGGCGAUUAUUAGCGUUAUUGAUCUGUCAGAAGGAGGGGAGGUGAGGAAAAUUCCGUGCGAGUUGGGGAAAAAAUACCCCGAUAUUUUGCUGGCGAAUUAUAAACUAUGGCCGUGGGUUCAGCUCGUUAACUUUUAUUUUGUACCUUUGAAACAUCAGGUUUUACUUGUGCAAUCUGUUGCUGUUUUGUGGAACACCUAUAUCUCAUUCAAAACCCAUGAAAAUUAGUUUUUAGGAAUUAAUAUUUUAUUUAUAUAGAUAGGUAUUUCGUAGAUAGUAUUGUUAAAAC